UAAGAAAUAGGGUUCCUUCACUUCUUUCUCCCUCUGCAAAUCCCCCACAGGUUUCAGAAGCAGAAAACCAUGGAAUCCGCUCGAUCUCACAGGAAAUCCAUCGCCAACGACGUCGUCUCUACCCUCCCUCUCUACCGCUCCGCUCCCGCGCUCGAAGUUCGCCUCGAAGAUUUCACGCUUUUCGCCAUGGAUCGCCUCCGAGUACUCAAAGGGAUUUCUGAUGGAUUGUCCAGAGGAAAGAAAACCGAAGAAAUGGAACAAUUGGCAAAGGAUCUAUGGAGAGCAAACAUGAGGCAUCCACAGGCGUCUGAGGUUGUCAACAAGGAUAUAAUAUCGCACUUUGUUCUCCGACUCGUGUAUUGCAGAACGGAGGACUUGAGAAAGUGGUUUCUUCCCAUGGAGACUGCCCUAUUUCGCUACCGAUUCCGACAUGAAACUGCUGAAGCUCAGAGGUCUCUCAUGGCAGAAUUUGACCUUUCAUACAAGGCAGUUAGCAAUUCAGAGUUUGAGAGUGUAAAAGAUAAGUUGUGCCAAGUUGCACGUUCCAUUGGUAUGUCUUUACCAACAGCUGAUGCAAUAUUCUAUAAGGUACCUUUUGAAGAAGUUCCAGAACUCGUAGCUGGUCGGAGAGUGUUCAUCCAUAAGGGGCAUGCUUAUGUAGCUUCUACUCAGGUUGUUUCCCUUGUUGCCACACAAUUUCGUAGUCAUCUAUCCAAGGCACUCAUUUUGACAAACAGAAAAUGGACAUCUACAAUAAGAGAACAAGAAAAGGAUCGCUUGGCACCUAUCGUGGAAGCCCUAUGCACAAGUUACUUGGGUCCUGAUUAUUCUCAGCCAAAAGGGUUUUCUGAGAUUUCAUUAAAAGACAUCGAUGACUUGGUCAAGAGUUCAUUUCCUCUUUGUAUGCGCCACCUAUUUGAAAAGCUGAGGGAGGAUCAUCAUUUAAAGCAUGGAGGGAGGAUGCAACUAGGUCUCUUUCUCAAGGGUGUUGGCUUAAAGUUGGAUGAUGCCAUUGCUUUCUGGAAAGCUGAGUUCUCUCAAAAGGUUGGUGCAGAGAGGUUUGACAAAGAAUACGCAUAUAGCAUACGCCAUAAUUAUGGAAGAGAAGGGAAGAGAACGGACUAUUCACCUUACUCUUGUCAAAAAAUCAUCUCAUCAACCCCUGGUGCAGGAGAUCACCACGGGUGCCCUUAUCGACAUUUCAGUGAAGAGAAUCUUAGAGCGGCUCUAAAUAAAAUGGGAGUUGACGGCAGAGCAGUGGAAAAUGUAAUGGACAAAGUGCAAAAUAGACAUUAUCAGUUGGCGUGCACCUUAACGUUUGAAGCUGUUCAUAACUCAUCAUGCGAUUCCGGGAUUAACCAUCCUAAUCAGUAUUUUAGCGACAGCCAAAAAAUCUUGCAGUCAAAGAAUCAUUCUGAUGCCAAAAUAAAUAAAUUGGGAGCUCGUGAGAAUUCCUAGUGCUUGGACCCAGUUGAUGGAAAGGGCAUUUCUACUCUUGGAAAUAAGAAAAGGGUACCUCUACUUUUUCCCUGACCUUAAAGAUUGUUCCACCACCAACAUGAUGUUAUUAAAUGCAAUGCCGAGUUUUGUGAUGCAUUGAAAAGCAUUUAGGCCACGAGGCUUUAGUAUGGGGAGAGGAAAAUAUCCCAUCUAGCGUUUCCAUCGCAGCUUUUGUAUCAUAUGAAAGGAGGGACUUUUGUUAAUGAGAAGGGAUUCAUUCUAGCAAGUGUUUCGACGUGGGACCGGAUCUUAAGCUCGUUAAUCUGGCUGAUUUUGAACUUACUAUUAUAAGCUCGUCGGUUUGAUUGCUCAACUGGACUAUGGUAGUUGGAAUAGGUCCACCAAAUAAUCAAAGAUGCGUUCCCCUUGUUCAGGAAAGGGACAAUUCUUGUGAAAUCAUUGAUAGGACGUUUGGUUGGAGGAACUAUAGAUUAUUACUAAUUCUAUGUAUUUUAAACUGACCUCAUUAGAAUUCAGGACUCUUGGUGAACUAAGGUCUUUAUCUCUU